AUGCUCUUCAACAACACCCCACAUAAAGCCGACAUUAUCCUCUUGAACACAAUUUUACGAGGAUUUGUGAACCACAAUUUCCCCGAACUAGCCAUCAAAACCUACACAGAAAUGAUCCAAGACUAUGAUAUUUCUCCUGAUAGAUUCACCUUCCCUUCAUUACUCAAAGCUUGUACUCAAGAUCCAGUCUUGACUAACGGAAGAUCCCUUCAUUCCCAAAUUCUGAAACUUGGCCUUGAAACUGACCUCUACACUCAAACUGCACUUAUUGCAAUGUACUCAGCUUAUCGAGAUUCUUCCUCCUCAAGAAAAGUGUUUGAUAGGAUGGAACAGAAGAAGAAUGAGAUUGCUUGGACUUCCAUGAUCAAUGGGUAUGCAAGGAAUGGAUCUCCAAGAGAGGCAUUGCAGCUUUUCUUCUUGAUGAAACAAGAACAAGGUUUAGUCAUCGAUGAAGUCACUAUGGCCUCUGCAGUUUCAGCUUGCGGAGAACUGAGAGAUUUGAACUAUGGCAAGAGGCUUCAUUAUGAAAUCAAGAAAUCAGGAAUGAGAAUCUGCGUGGUUCUUGGGACUGCUCUUGUUGAUAUGUACUCAAAAUGUGGGGAAUUGGAUUUGGCAAGAGAAAUUUUCGACAUGAUUCAUGAUGAUGAUAAGAAUGUGGUUUCUUGGUCUGCUAUGAUAUCUGGAUAUUCUCAGAAUAAUCAGGGAAAUGAGGCUUUAAGAUUGUUCAAGGAGAUGGUUUCUAAUUCUGGUCACAAGCCAAAUGAGAUCACAAUGAUGGCAGCACUCUCAGCCUGUGGUCAGACUGGUGACUUGAAUCUAGGGAAGUGGAUUCAUGCUUAUAUCGAUAAAGCGCACCUUGAUCAUUCAACUGGCUUGAUGAAUUCCCUUGUCGAUAUGUAUUCAAAGUGUGGGAAGAUAGAGCUAGCCUUUGAGAUAUUCAGUGAGAUGCCGAAAAAGGAUAUUAUUUCGUGGAAUGUGAUUAUAAAUGGGCUAGCGCUACAUGGGUUUGGUGAUCGAGCCUUGACUCAGUUUGAUCUGAUGCAAAAAGCAAGAACAGUGCCAGAUGACAUUACAUUUAUUGGUGUUUUAUCAGCUUGCAGUCAUACAGGCUUAUUGAAAGAAGGGUUGUUUCAUUUUCAAAACAUGAAGGAAACGUAUAGGAUUGAGCCGAAAUUGGAGCACUAUGGAUGCAUGGUUGAUUUGCUCAGUAGAGCUGGAAUGCUAGAAGAAGCUCAAAAGCUUGUCAGAGAGAUGCCAAUUGAGCCAAAUGGGGCGGUCUGGGGAGCCUUACUCAGUGGAUGCAGAGUCUAUAACAACGUAGAGCUAGGAGAGGAGGCAGCCAAGCAUCUUCUUGAAAUUGAACCAAACAAUGAUGGCAAUUAUGUUCUUUUAUCGAACAUUUAUGCAAGAAAGAAACAAUGGGAAGAAGUGAGGGGCGUGAGGCUUCUUAUGCAUUUAAGAGGCAUCAGAAAAGUACCAGGUUGCAGCUCAAUUGUGAUGGAUGGAGGUAGCCAUGAGUUCACUGUAGGAGACAGAGCUCAUCCUGAAUCAGAGAAGAUAUAUUCAAUGCUGAAUGUAGUCAGUGACAGGUUGAGAGCUGCAGGUUAUAAGGCAGAAACAUCAGAGGUGCUGCUGAAUAUCGAUGAAGAAGAGAAAGAAGACUCACUUUCUCAGCACAGCGAGAAGUUGGCUCUGUCAUUUGGGCUGAUAAAGACGAGGCCGGGUGAUGAGAUUCUUAUAUUGAAGAAUCUAAGGGUGUGCAGAGAUUGUCACUCUGCGUUCAAAAUGAUAUCCAAGCUCUUUCAGAGAAAGAUUACUGUCAGGGACAGAAGCAGGUUCCAUCACUUUAGGAACGGGACAUGUUCUUGCAAAGAUUAUUGGUGA